UCAGUUGGAGAAAAACGCGGGAAAAUGUCGGCGUCCCUGGAUUCAUUCACCGACUAGCGCUUUGUUUGUGUGAGUCGCCGGUCGUCUGAUUCUGAGGGGAAAAAAUCGUCCAUCUCCAUGCCGUAACACCUUUUCUGAGCUAUGGACAACUUCCAGAAGAUAGAAAAGAUCGGGGAGGGCACAUACGGGGUGGUAUACAAGGCCAAAGACAAGGUUACUGGCCGUAUGGUCGCGCUGAAGAAAAUCAGACUGGAUACUGAGUCAGAGGGAGUUCCCAGCACGGCCAUCCGAGAGAUCUCACUUCUUAAGGAGCUGAAUCACCCAAACAUCGUCAGAUUACUUGAUGUGGUGCACAGUGAGAAGAAGCUGUACUUGGUGUUUGAGUACUUGAACUUGGACCUGAAGAAGUACAUGGACAGUGCACCACCCUCGGGACUGCCUACUGAACUUGUCAAGAGUUAUGUCCACCAGAUUCUGAAGGGUAUAGCGUACUGCCACUCCCACCGAGUCCUACACAGGGACCUGAAGCCUCAGAACCUGCUGAUCGAUGCAGAGGGAAACAUCAAACUGGCUGACUUCGGUUUGGCACGAGCUUUCGGAGUUCCCGUCAGGACCUACACUCAUGAGGUGGUCACCUUGUGGUACCGCGCACCUGAGAUCCUACUGGGCUCCAAGUUCUACUCUACACCUGUGGACGUCUGGAGCAUCGGCUGUAUCUUUGCAGAGAUGAUCACAAGAAGAGCACUCUUUCCAGGAGACUCAGAGAUCGAUCAGCUGUUCAGAGUCUUCAGAACGUUGGGCACCCCCGAUGAGACGACAUGGCCCGGUGUGUCCCAGCUACCAGACUACAAACCCACCUUCCCGCGCUGGCCCCGACAGGACGUCACCAAACUGUUCGCCAGUCUGGAACCCGAGGGAACAGAACUCUUCGCUCAAAUGUUGCUAUAUGAGCCCAACAAGCGCAUCUCUGCCAAGGCAGCGAUCAACCACGUGUACUUCCACGACGUGAGAAAAAUAGAGGUUCCCAACCUGAAGGGGUGAAGAGGGACUGACAAACACUGGUGGACAGGGGGAACCAGCGGUCGCUGUUGUGAGUAGGAUCUUCGCUGAUGGCCACACUGAUUGUUCUUGUUUCUCAGUCAAUUUUUUUAUUGGAAAAAGUUCUACAAGAGACCAAGAUAAAACAGUUCGGGAGGAAAAUGUGAACGAUACACUUUUUAUAAUGUGUGUACCAAGGAUCAGACUUUCCUGUUAAACUAUUGUUUUUAUUUUGAUUACAGUCCAAGGUUAUCCUUUUACAUUCGAGAACACAGAAAUACUGAGGUGUUGCCUACCCUAAGGUCUACACAAAUGUGAUGUUUAGGAUGACUACAGAUAACAUGCAAUAGUCAAAAAGGAAGGGAAACAGCCCCUUAUAAACAUGAGGCCAACAAUUUUGACCAGACAAGACGCAGAGUAACAACAUACCGAUUUUUUUUUAUUAUACUAUCAAAAUAUAAUAGAAAAAAUACAAACAUCAUCUGUUAGUGUUACUUCUUUCCUUGUUAUCUGGCCAUAGCAAAACUCUUAUUGCCAGCUUGCAGUAUUGGAUGAAGUCAUCUUUGAUAGUGUCACAUUAAUGAGGACCCCUUCUCAGAAGUUAUAGCUGCAAAAUGUUCCUCUACAUUCCACCCUGUCAUCUCUGGAUUUUAGCUACUGUAAAUUGGCAGAAUUUCAUACCUUGUGACCAUUUUGUUGCUGUUGGUUGUUUGUUUUAGGGUUCCAGUUUGGGUAGAACUCUUCGCUAUAUGAAAGACUAUUCAAACCUUAUUUUGAUAUUUUCCCAAAUGCAUUUAAAGUAUUUUAAAUGUAAGGUCAGUAGGAUCAACUUUUGACACUGUGAAGAUGAUAUUUUUAACCAAUAUGCUUUCUUUCUAAACUUGUAAAAUUUGUAAAAAGUGUUUUAUAAAAAACAAGUAAAAUCUAAUUUGAUAAUGGAAUCUCCACCAGUUAGAUGUGAUCUCUUAAUACACCUGUAAAUUUGUAUCAAGCUUGUUUUGCUUUUUGGUGUAGUGACUUAUAUAUUUUAACAUUUUUGACUCAGAACGAUGAAAGGAGUAUGUUACAUAAAGAUUUGGACAUUGCUGUUUUACACUAAUUGUUGAUUCAGAAUUUCUUUGCCUUUUGAUGACUUUUCUUGAUAUUUGCCUCUCCUAUAUUGCAAAAGUAAAAGUGUAGUAGUGUUUGUUUUUUAAAGAUGCAUCCAAGUUAAAUGUGUGAAUGGCAGGGAGAUUGUAUGAAACAAGAUUUUGAUGUGUUUGUUAUUGCAGAAAUAUUUGUGUAAGGCCUAAGAAAAUUAAUAUUGUGUUUCUGAUCACUGUUCUGAAAAAAAUAGGUAUCUUUUUUUCAAAUUUUGGGUGAAGGGGAUCCAUUGAAUACUGUUUUACAACGUCAGAGAAAAUUGCAUCAGAACAUUGGUAUUUUCAACAUUUAUUCUAAUUAUACAGAUAUACAUUGUACAACACAAUUUCUAUUGCAAAAAAAUAUGAGGAAAAUAUGUAAGAAAAUGGUACUACCACAUUUUCAUUACUUAGAUGUCAGAUUGAAAUUUUAAAUCCCUUGCCAGCAGUCAACCUUCUCCUAGAAAGGAUAGAUUGGACAGCUGUUUUCUAGGGUUGGUAAAGUAAUUGGAAACAGAACAUUUUUUUCUCUAGGCCUUACAUCGUUGUUACAUGGAUACAUUAAAAAUAUAGCCUAUUCAGCCUUCUGUAAUAAAACAGUUAAAUAUUA